AUGCCCACCCCCGAACCCGCCAAUAUCGCGCGGCCGGCGGGCCAACAGACCCCGGGGAGCGGCGGACUCCCCGCCUCGACGGUCAGCGCCGAGCCGCCUGCCCCUUCCUCCUCCUCCUCCAACCCCCAGCCCAGCCCCCGGCCCGCGGCGGCCAGCAACGGGCUGGUGCCGGGCGAGCCGCUGGUGAACGGCGGGGCGGGAGUCCCGCCCGCCGCCGCCGCCGCCGCCUGCGCCUCGGCCGCGGAGCCGGUCAGCGCCCCGGCGGCCCCGGGCCCCUCGUCCGCCUGCCCUUCCCCCGCGCUCAAAGUCGUCCUGCUGCCCGAGCACCUGCGCCAGAGUCAGGCGGGGCCCAGCACCGGCGCAGGCGGUCAGCCCCGGCCCAGCCAGGGGGCCGGCGGGUUCCUGGCCUCGCCGACGCCCGCGGCGAUGGUGAAGACGGCGGCGGCUCCGGCUCCGGCCCCGGCCCCGACCCCAGCCCCAGGCAACCACCCGCUGCCAGCCUCCCGCACCCCUGCCGCCACCGUCCAAAGGAUCACCGUCUCCUCCCCGCACGUCAAAGCCCCUCAGCUCGGCCAGACGACUGUCCCCCUUCUGCAAAACUUCCAGGUCCCAGCAGGCAUGGUGCUUGCUCGAAGUGACAGUGGACAGCUAGUGCUAGUUCCACAGAAAGCCAUUGCUCAGGCCAAAGCCUGGGCUCAAGGAGCUGGGAACACCUCGUCUGCAGCACCUAGUGGCGCAUCUUUGGUCCGAAUUUCCACCGUACAGGCAGCUGGGGCCCAGAGAACUCCCAAUCAAGUGAGGCCACCUGCUGUCCAGCAGGUAAAUCAAAUACAAGCUGGAGGCCAGACAAGUGCUGCAUCACCACGCAUCACAGUCGUACAGACGGCGGGUGGAGCAAUUGCACCAAAGGCCAUAUCAACAGUCACCCAAAAGCAAGCAUCGGCACCAGCAGACCGUUCAGCCACUGUGCCAGUUGUGCAGGCCAGUGCAUCGCCGGAAACUUUGGAAAAUGUGAAGAAAUGCAAGAACUUCCUUGCAACGUUAAUUAAACUGGCUUCCAGUGGAUCCCACUCACCACAAAUGUCUGGUAACGUGAAGACUUUAGUGCAGAAAUUACUGGAUGGGAAGGUGGAAGUAGAGGAGUUCACAAACCAGUUAUACAAAGAACUCAAGUCUUCACCACAGCCUUACCUUGUGCCUUUUCUUAAGCGAAGUUUACCUGCCUUGCGGAAGUUGAUGCCGAACUCCCAGGCUUUCAUUCAACAGUGCCUACAGAAACCUGCAACUCCAGCCUCUACUCUUGCAGCUGUAUCUGGAGCAUCGAAACAAGCCAACCCAGGGCAGGCAACAAAGACCAUCACAGUAACUAGUGCUUCACAGCAGGCAAAAGUCCUGCAGACCUUGCCAUCGCCACAGAUGGUCGUCCAACAGUCUGGAGUACUUAUAAAGUCACAAGCAAGCACCCUGCCAAGGACUCAAACAGUGACUUUACAAAGGACCCCAAACCACAUCAUUGUGCCUGUAUCAAAAAAUCAGGUCAAAGAAACUCAAGCAGGUGCUGCAACUUUGGUUACAAAAGUAUCGCUCGCACAAGUGAACAAGAAUCCAACAAGUGUUCUACUGCAAACCUCACCUGGUCAAAUAAUCAAAAAAGAAGCUGGAGGCAUCACCUUCAGGGAUGAGGAUGACAUCAAUGAUGUGGCCUCUAUGGCCGGUGUCAACAUCAGUGAAGAAAAUGCCCGCAUCCUUGCAACAAACUCCGAGUUGGUGGGCACUAUAAUCCGAUCCUGUAAAGAUGAAGCGUUUCUCUCCUCUGUAUCCCUUCAGAAAAAAGCUUUAGAAAUAGGGAAGAAACACGGUGUGACAGAGGUGAAUUCUGACGUGUUGAGCACCAUAUCUCACGCAACGCAAGAGCAUUUACGGGAACUCGUGGAAAAGCUCACUGUAAUUGCACAGCAUCGGAUGGCGACAUACAAGGAUGAUGACCGAUACAGCCUGUUGAACGAUACCCGGUCACAGCUGAAGUUUUUCGAGCAGUUGGAUCGGCUGGAGAAGCAGCGGAAAGAUGAAGAUGAAAGAGAAGCGCUGCUGAGAUUAGCAAAGAGUCGGGCCAAGCACGAAGACCCAGAACAACUUAGGUUAAAACAAAGAGCCAAAGAGAUGCAACAAUUGGAACUUGCACAGUUGCAGCAGCGGGAAGCAAAUCUCGCGGCACUGGCUGCCAUCGGACCAAGAAAAAGGAAAACGCCCGACUCACCCGGUCUCCGAACGGGAAACGAGGGCUUGAGCGGCAGCGGGAGUGCAUCUGGUGGUCUCAGAGCAGCACAAGCCCGACCCUACCUACGACAGAGGAUAACGCGAGUCAAUCUCAGGGAUCUCAUCCUCUGCUUGGAGCAGGACCAGGCAAAAAAACACUCGCUGCUCUUGUACCGAGCCUAUCUCAAGUGAAGAGGAGAAAACGUAUAUGCUGGAUUUUAUGCUGGUUGCACAGAUGGUUCUGCGAAAUGAUUUCUAGACAUUGCUUCAGGAAUCUGUGAUUCUGGACCUUGGUUGUCCUUGUUUACUCUCGUGACAUUUCUUUUUUUAAAAAAAAAAUACUGACGGGUAAAACUUUGAUUUUUGUUUCAGGGUGAAGCUAAAGGCGAGGCGUUGAUUAUGUAGAAUUUUCCAACAUCACUUGUGAAAUUUUGUUUCCUCCCGUUGAAAGAUUCGGAAAACCGGGAUGGUAUAGGUAUAUAUUAUUUAUUAAAAAACUGCAAUUGUUCCAAGUUCCCUAAUAACUGAUGAUUAUGAUACAGAGCGUUGUUAAACAACUUGAAAUGUUUACUUCCCCUCGUGCUUCAUCUGCUAUGGGAUGUGUUGCUCCUUCAGGGUAAAUUCAUGGACGAGUGUCUACUUUUUCUCUUUUGAGGUUUUUGCAGCUUUGUAAUCCUUUUCUUCCUACCCUACGUAACAGGUGCAUCUGCCAUUCCUCUUCAGUGCUUGUUCUUAACAUCGGUCUAAGUCAUGCUCCCCUUGGCCAGAGAAUUUAAGUCUGUAUAGUUGGUACUGUAUUGGUUUUCGGACUCAGGCCAGUUAAUUUUACAUGAUGUGUUUAACUGUUUGAGCAGGCUGGUGCUCAUUUCUUAUGGGCUAACUGCAAGAAAAAGUCUCCUAUUCCUGGCCAAUCUUGUUAUUUUGUCUGCCUUCCUCAGGGUCGCAGUUACAACUUUGCCUUCUGAGAAGCCUAGUGUGGGCUUUCAGAAGAAAUGUGAAAUUCAAAAGAAAAUCACAUUCCAACAGAUAUGAAAAAUGGUUAGAUGAGACAGUGAUGUUAUACCUCUCGCUACACUUACUAGUUAAUCACUGGCUUAGACCAAUCUUAAAUACGUCUUAAACUGAGUCACUCACCAAUCAUGCUGAAAUCCUCCCCUCCACACCACCCCCCCAGCACACACACACCCAGAAGAGCGCAGGAGCCAAUAUAGUGACUUGAGCAGUCACCUACACUUGACUCUGUCAGAGUAUUAAAUUUUAUAGCCUCGUGUUUCCAUAAUAAGCUACUGAGAUUAGAGCCUUGACAUUUUAACCUCACAUCCAGCACAUGUGUGAAGCUGUUGAACUGAGGUGUGCUACUGACCAUCAUUCCCAAUGUUUUGAUAUUGCAUCCAGCGUUCUGGAUUUGCCAUCUAAUUCGGCCUUUUGUGAUGGAUUGUCGGAGACCAUCUCGGAGCAUUUGAAUUAGGGCAUUUUCUAUGCUAGAUCCAGACACAUUUCAGGCAUGUUGUCCAUUUGUAAUCAUUAAAGUGUUAGUUUGGCUCAGCAGUUAACCUGCUUUCCUUUCAGUCAGUAGUUUGUACAUUCAGUCCAGGGUUUAAGCAAAAUAAGCUUUGGCUCUACACCCAGUGCCAUGCCGAGAGAGUGCUGUAUUGUCAUGGGGGUCUGUCUGUCUGCGGACGUGAAAAGUCCACAGGGCAUUAUUUGAAGAAGCCGUUCCCCUGGUGUCCACCCUGACCCGUGUUAACUGGCCAUUUAUUUACUGACUUUGAACCUGUGCAAUCAUAUUUUCUCAUAAAGCAUCAGUGGCCACAAUUGAAAAA